CGUUCAAAGAUUUUCACAGUACACUGUAUCUCUUUAUCACUUCUAGGGUUUAUAUUUUCUUUCGCUGGGUCAAGUUCACUCCUUUAUCCGCGAGGCUUAAACUAUGACUCAAUCGCAAGAAGAAUUGCUGGCCGCUCAUCUCGAGCAGCAGAAGAUCGAUCAUGAAGAGCCAUUGGUUGAGGACGAUGAUGAUGAUGACGAAGAUGAUGAUGAAGAUGAUGCUGAAGGGCAAGAAGAUUCCAGUGGUAGGUCAAAGCAAAGCCGAAGUGAGAAAAAGAGUCGAAAGGCAAUGCUAAAGUUAGGAAUGAAGGCUAUUCCUGGGGUCAGCCGAGUCACCGUUAAGAAGAGCAAGAAUAUCCUUUUCGUCAUCUCAAAGCCAGACGUGUUCAAGAGCCCAAACUCGGACACAUACGUCAUAUUUGGGGAGGCGAAAAUCGAGGACUUAAGCUCCCAACUGCAGACCCAAGCAGCAGAGCAGUUUAAGGCUCCUAAUGUUGGCAAUGUGGUGCCAAAAGCCGAGCCAUCAAGUGUGCCACAGGAUGAUGAUGAAGAGGUCGACGAGACAGGUGUCGAGCCCAAAGACAUUGAGCUUGUGAUGACUCAGGCUGGGGUGUCGAGGGCUCGGGCAGUUAAGGCUCUCAAGGAGUCUGAUGGAGAUAUUGUCUCUGCCAUUAUGGAACUCACAAAUUAGACAAAAGCUUGUUUCGUGUUUGGAGAUUUUUUUUUGUUUUGCUUUAAUUUCCUGAGGAUUUGAAGUUGGUUUCGAGUGUUGUGAUGAUUUUACAUGUUUGUGUGCAUUUCUGGAUUUUGCAUGUUGUUCAUGGGUACAAUAAACAGCUUGCUGGACUUCAUAGAUUCACUUUUGCAUAUGCUCUAUCUCUGUCUCUCUAAUGAGUGUUAAGGUAGGGUCACAUAAGUUCUUGGUGAUACUGAUGAACACCAUUUAUAUAAUACUAUCGUGUAGUGUUGAUACAUUGUUCGUUGACACGGGCAAACCUCAAAGACAAA